GCCGCGGGGGCAGCGCCCGCGCGGCGGCCCCCGGGCGUGUGGCGGCCGGCGCGCGCACGGCAGGCGGAGGCCGCCCGGCAGGCCGCGCGUGCGGCCCUCCGCAGGCUGGUAAGCAGGGCGCUGGAGGGGCAGCGGGCCAGGCUCGCGGAGCAGGAGAGCAGCUGCUGGCAGAGCUCCAGCGGCAGGCUCAGGAGAUCAGGCAGAGCAUUCUCCAGCAGGAGGCCAGCCUGGUAAGGGCAGCGCCCGCCGCCCCUAGCGCUCCAGCCAUCACUACGCUUGUGGUCCGUAACAUUCCGAUGGCUGCGACGCAGAGGGAUUUGCUUGACCUCAUCGACAGGUGUGGCUUCGCGAGACGCUAUGACUUCGCCUACACCCCAACGGACUUCGACGCCGGGACCACGGAAGUGCUUGUUAAUUUCGUCACCCCCGGUGACGCCCGGGAGUUCUCAGAAAUGUGGAACGGGGCGCGGCUGACUGGGGCUGGACCCGCCGCGGCUAUUCUCGAGGUCGAAGCGUCACAGCUGCAGGGCUACAGAGGCCGAGAGGUGGAGCGCGAGCCCGUUGCUCCGCACGCGGACCCGUGAGCUCCGCCCGUUCAUCGCCCAGAGGCCGGCUGCCGGGUGAAGGUUCGGUUGCACUAAUUCCUCGCUGUAGGCGGCUCGGGAGGGGCGGGGGUCAGGGGCGCCGACUGGGAGAGCGUCAAGAGCUCACCUCCACCUGCAUCGCUCGCCUACGGGAUUGGUGUCCAGAGUAUUUCGAGGAGAGCCGAUGGUAUAGAUUGGGGUCGAUGUCAAGUGGUGACCUGCCCGUUGCUUUUGCUGUACUCAACACGUUCGCUGCUGCGUGGAUCUCGGACAGUUGCAUUGAGAAGCAUUCCCCGUGCCUCCUUGGCUGCCCGAGCUGCGCUGAGAGAUUCUGACACCCGUGGGAAGUGCCCCAGGUGAAUUAUCUUUCCUAUGACGUAGCUGGUCACUUCUCGAUUCCCAUCCUCUCGCCUGCUGUGGCGUGCUCACCCCCUCCCAUGCCUCGCUCGCCACCCUUGUCGCCACCUGUUUUCCUCGGAACGCUCUCCGUCCUCUCGCUUCUGUUGCCCAGCCGAUCCUUCGCCUGAGACGAGCCCAGACGUGGUCAGAGCUGUCAGGUGUCCGGUUUGGCGGCCCACGUACGGCGGCGCUUGCGGCUGAAGAGCCGAGGCGCGCGCCCCUGGUUGCGCCCGAGGAGUUCGGCGGGGAGGAGG